AUGGCCCCAAUGUAUUUCCGCCACGCCGCAGGGGCGCUGUUAGUGUUCGACGAAAUAUCGCUGGAGUCUUUUGGGGAACUUGAGACCGUAUGGCUGCCAGAACUCUUACCUCACAUGAAUAACAGCACGGAGUUUAUCGUUGUUUGUGGGAACAAGUGCGAUGCUGUGACAAAGGCUGAACAGACGGAGAGUGUGCUGCAGGCACAGGAGACUUGCAGCGCCAAGGGUCUGACGUUCUUGCAUACAUCCGCGAAGAACGGGCAGAAUGUGCAUGAGGCCUUUGAGGGUUUGGUGGAUAGAAUACUGACAAAGCGUGGGAAGGAGGCUGCAGCGAGUCCUGCUGCAUCGAAUGGGGGUGCUAAAGCCUCCCAUAGCACAAGACUGGGAAGUAAUGGUUUUAAUGAUGGAAACAAUGCGAAGGAAGGUUGCUGCUAG